CACUUGGUGGCCCGUCUUAUCAGCGAAGUUGAUUUACAAUUUUUGUUGCCAUUUCACAACGUAUAUUUAAGAGAAGAAAAUGCAAGCGCCACCGCCAGAGCACUGUCCUGGAGUGGAAAGCGAACAGGCUGGUCUGGUCAGCGCCUGUGCCGGCUGUCCCAACCAGAGCAUUUGCAGUGAUCCCAGCAAGAAACUCGAGGAUCCCGGCAAGGCGCUCGUUGCAGCUGCCAUGAAGGACGUCAAGCAUAAGCUACUCAUACUUUCGGGCAAGGGAGGUGUGGGCAAGAGUACAGUGACCGCUCUGCUGACACGCUACUUGGCACGCAGCUGUCCGGACAACAACUUUGGGGUAUUGGACAUUGACAUUUGUGGGCCAUCGCAACCACGCUUGCUGGGUGCACUUGGCGAGAAUGUGCAUCAGUCCGGUUCGGGCUGGUCUCCCGUUGGCAUCGACGACAAUGUGUGUCUUAUGUCCAUUGGCUUUCUGCUGGGCUCCGUGGACGAUGCAGUCAUUUGGCGAGGUCCCAAAAAGAACGGCAUGAUUCGGCAAUUUCUCAGUGAAGUCGACUGGGGGAAUUUGGAUCUAUUGCUGCUGGACACACCGCCAGGCACUUCGGAUGAGCAUUUGUCCGUUGUCUCCUAUUUACGUGACGACAAUGCACCCGAAUCUCUGCGCGCCAUUAUCGUAACGACGCCACAGGAGGUGGCUCUACUGGACGUUCGUAAGGAGAUAAACUUUUGCAAGAAACAACGCAUUCCCAUCCUUGGCGUUAUCGAGAAUAUGAGCAGUUUCCGUUGUGGCCACUGCGGCAACAGUUCAGACAUCUUCCCAGCCAAAACGGGCGGUGCAGCGGCCAUGUGUGCGGAAAUGGAUGUGCCGCUGCUCGGAUCACUGCCGCUUGAUCCGCUCGUGACACGGGCGUGCGAUGCCGGCGAGGACAUGACCACAAUGCGCAACGAAACAACGGAAGCUCUUGCCUCCAUAUGCACCAAAAUAAUGUCCACGAUUUAGUUACAUACACAUGUAUAUUAUUAUUGUUAUCUCUAUGCCUUAUGAUGAUUACUGGCUAAUUAAAUGUCAUUAGUUUUCAUUAAGAUUAUUACAUUACAUUACAUUUAAAUGGCACC